GCACUUGGCGGCACACUGAGACAGCGCAACAGGACUCCGUGGAUGGACAAAUCCAGUAGUGGACUUCCUUCACUGACAAGAUUAAGACCGGAUUUCUAUCGCUCAGCUUUUCUUCGCAUUUAACAAAGGCUCACUACAACCGUCGCAUUUAAAAAGGAUUUCUCACCCUGGGAGUGCGAGGCAAAGUGACUUUGGAGAUUGUCAACAGCAAUAAAGCGCAGCAGCCAUUUAAAGGAUCUGGAUGAUCAACAGUGCAAUGAGGACCUAAAGCUGGGAGUGUGUCCCACUGAAGGCACAAGAGUUUCAGACCACAGUGUUACUGCAGUGUGCGUGUGGCCCGUCCUGUCUGUGUAUUUUUACAUACUCACUGUGCUGAGUUCAAAGCCCUGUGGAGUGAGGAGAGGACUUAAACCAAAGAGUAUGGUUCAGCUGUCCACUGCAGUCUGCCUGCUGGGAGGCCUGUUUUUGAUAGCUCCCGUUCUGAUGGCCCCAACGCACUCCAGUAUGUGCACACCACUGAGGACGAUCAACGACAGCCUCAGCCACAGACGACGGUACAUGAAACACAACUUCCCCAUCGAGUACACCAUCAAAGUUCAUAAUAGGGAAAUCUUUAGACUGUCAAAUAUCAGCAGAAUGAAGUUAAGACCAGAGGGGUUGGAUGACCUGGUUCUCCAGAGGCUGUGGUUUCAAGUGUAUCAAGGUGUUUUAAAAAAGAUCCUCUGGGUUUUGCCAACGAGACAUCCUUCACGUCCUUACACAGCCGAGUUGGAAAGACGCUUCAAGGAUGCUCAGGCAGUCUUUAUGCAGUCACAUCCUGCUGAGGUCUUCCAAGAGGACCUUCCAGAGAAAAUCCAGGACAUUUGGGAUAGUUUAACAGAAAAGCCUGAAAACAUGCCAGAGUCUAGUUGGCGAUUUGCUACUCCAAAGUUUCUCUUGGACAACUUGUGCCGCACCAUGUACUGCCUCUUCAGUGAAUGCUUUUCCAACGCAGACGUUCAAGAAGACUACUGUGAAGUUUCUCAUUGGCGGAAAGGCAGGAAGAAAGACAUGCAGCCUGAAAGCUGAGAAGAAGCAAGCGGAGUCAAGUUGUCCCUAGUGAUUAGGGAUUAGUAUUAUUAUUUCCCUUGAGCUAUAGGGAGAUGGGUAAAAGGACAAUGCACACUGAAAUGAGAGUUCAGACCUGAUUUGUGAACAUCAAUAAGUCUUUUCCAAAUCUGCUAUAUAGAGCUAAGAUUAUCCACAGUUUGUCCUCAUAAUUCCAACUCUGUGUGUCAAAGCAGAUGAAAAUUAAAGACAUAAUAUCUCUCAAACCUUUGUGAACCUAAAGGCUUUCUGUUAAAUGACAUCAAAUGAAAUUUUGAGUAAAAAAUGCCAGCUCAUUGUCUUUUGGCAUCCUCUCAGAUUAAGAUUAUGGCGUUUUUGGAUCCGAUUUGUUCAUGUUCACAAAUAGCGAACUGAUGUGUGGUCAAUAUUUUAUCUAAGGUGGAUUCUUUCUAAACAAAGGGUUAAUGCUCACCUGCAGCUUUGCCAAACCACUGCUCAAAAAGUUGUGAUGUGCUCCUGUGGGCCUGUGUGGUUCAUGUCAGAGGCCAAGGACAGAUUGGGAAACUUCAGCUGACUUUGUACAUUUGCCAGAAUUCGCCUCUUUUGAACAUCAGUGUGCUAAAGCAGGAGCAGUGUAUAUGAACUCCAAGCGUAAAUGCAAACUGGUAACUACUGGUCUUAUUCUACAGUUGUUGACUGUACAUUUUUAUACAGCUGCCCAGACUGCUUAGCCAAGGCUGUUGAAAAAUGUGUGCUCAUUUUGGCUCCAUUGUAUGUAUUUUUUUCCUAUAUGUUUAUUAUGCAAAGAAUGAGAUUGGAAAAUGCAUUCAUCUCCCUCCAUCCAACCUAUGCAUUUUAAACUUGCUGUAGAUCUCUUAUGUUUUUUUUUUCACGAGGCAACUAUUAAAUAAUUUGAGGACUUACUAGCUAAACAAAGCUCAAAUGAUUGUUAGCAUUUUAAAUAUGAAGUUACAUCACAGUCAGAUGUUAUUUGCCCCAUAGUUAAGUUAUAUUCUAUAAAAAUAAUAUUAAUAAUAUUAAUAAUAAUAAUAAUAAUAAUGAUAAUUGACACUUCUGUCUGUUGUCCAUUAUCUUGAGUUACCCCUCACAGAAUUUUAACUAUGAACAUGUUGGAAAUGCACACAAAGACAGUUGCAAAACCGAAAUGUAAAAUUCAGCUCAAUGUAGUUGCAACAUUAGAAAUCUUGUGGGAUUGUUCUCAGCAUUCAAAUCAUUUUCAACACAUCCAUACUGAGAUUUAAUAUCAGGUUCCUCUGCCAUUUUCUUUCUGUCAGAGUUAAGAGUUACCCCUUAAACUAUUCAAAUCGAGGCAAGGUUAUGAGAAGGUAAGGCAAAGAGAAACAUACAGUUUACUACAGAAGUUAGACUUUUGGCUGAUAAGCACUGUAAAUAUAUGGAAAAAAAGGAAAAUGUAGGCAAGUCAACAAGAUUUUCAUGCAAUAUCACUUAGAGUUUAAACCUUUACGCACGGGAACAAGCUUCAAGAUGCAUUUCAAAGUUCACAAAUAGUGUUAUCCAAUCCAAUCCAAUUUUAUUUAUAAAGCACUUUAAAAUACCCAGCACAGGAACAAAGUGCUGUACAGAACAUAAGUUAAAACAAUAGAAUAACAGAAAGCAGCAAAAUAAAUAAAUAAAACACAUAAUACAUAAAAUUAAAACAGCCCUAUAUUAAAACAAAAACAAGAUAAGACAGCAUCGAAUCACCUAAAAACAACUAAAAUGGUGCUUCUUCAGUGGAGUUUUGGACUUAGAGAUUCUAUUCUACAUGUGCAACUAUAUAAAUACUGACUGAAAAAAAACUUUUAUGGUAGGCAUAGUGCACAUAAAAAAACAGACCCAUCCAUAGUUCUGUGGUUACCUCAGCAGCUAGUAUUUCUGUUUGGAGUGCCAGUGAAGAUUCACUUAAAAAAUGGCCCUCUACACACAUUUGUCAAACACAGUAGUGGACAAAUGUAGUGAAGUAAAAAGUAGUGCAGUUUCAGCUUUCUUCAGGGUGUGUUAAUACCCAGAAAUCUAGCUUGUUACAUGCUGAAAUGUUCACACCAUAACCUCUUCUUUGGUAAUAAUUAACUCUGAUUCUCAAAAUUGCUAACUAACCAGGGGCUUGGAUGUGAACAUGUACACUUCAAUAUAGUAAAUGCUUAACAUCUUUACUGAGCAGCUGCUGUGUCAAGGCAACAUAAACAACUGUAAUGGGUUGCAUAGGUUUUUUUCCCACACUGGAGCACAUCUCUGUGGAAUUUUUCUUAUCUCUUAUUAUCAGUCAAACUGCAGUUUGGUGGAAAAAAAACAGCUGGAUGAGGUAAAAUGAACAGAAAAGUAAGCAAAACAGCAAGCCAUUAAAACGAAGCAGCUUAUGCUAAUGUUUUCAGCUCGCCACCAUCAAUUAAUUUCAGCUGCCAUAGCCAUAUUUUUAAACUCGGCCAUUCAACACAUUUAACUACUUAAGGCAAGGGUGAGCAGAUGUUAAAGGGAAUUACCUAAAGGUCAUUUGUUUUUAUCAGGAUUGAAAGCAUCCUUCAUAUUUUCUUGUUGUUUGAGUAAAACUGUCCUUUUUUAUGUUUAGUCUGAGAUUUCUGCAUUGUUGUACAUGCUUCAUUUGAUUAUUGAUGAUGGUGACGUUAAGUUGAGGCUAGGUGUUCGAAAGAAAUCUUGAGACAUACAGAAACAUAAAAGAAGCAUAACAGUAGAAAAAACAGCAGGCAUUCUGGUAGUAAUUUCAAUGAUUUGUGAGGCAUAUUUGGCUUAUUUAGGAAACUUAAACUUUAUAAAUACAAAUAGACUUCGUUUAAAGAGAUUUAAUCUAAUUAACUAACUCACUAUGUUAACAGGUUCUCCACUGAAGUAUAGAAGGCAAACCUUAAACCUGCUUUGAGACAAUGCUGAGAAAAACAUUACCAUUUGAACUGAUAUAAUGUAGUUAUUUAAUGCACAAGUUUCAAGCAGUUAAAAAGAGCAGCGUUUCAUAACGUUACAGCAAGAAGGGUGGGGUCAGCCUUUGAAACUGUUUGGCACGGUCACUUACUGAAGACAAUCUGCUCACCCCGUCAUGUGCCACUGUUUUCCUUAGACUGUUGUUUUUCCUCAUUAUACUUUCCAUGCACAGCGUUCAUUGCUUUCAAAUCCCAACAUACUGGUUCAGUCAGUUUAUGGUGCAACAUUCCCAUAUUCCCUUAUUUACUUUAGGACUGAAUGUAUUUAUUGUCAUUAGCAAUGUUAACAGUUUCAAAAACACACUUGAAAUGCCUGUGCAAACAUUGCAAAAAAGAACUGGUUUAUCGUACCAGCUAGGAGCAGUCAUUAUCCUUCCCUUUAAGCUUGUUAUAUUAAAGGAUACUGUUUGUUGAAAUCAAACAUGAAAGAAUUUAACUUAAACUAAA